AUGUCGGAUACACCCCGGAAGUUUCCGAUGCCACUAUACGACGGGUGUAUGCUACCAUUGUUUCCAACACUCCUACCACGUGCUGACAAGCAAAUGACUGCUAUCCGGGAUUUCAAGUCGAAAGAGAGCGACAUCUUGAUUUGUAAUUUUCCCAAAACAGGGACUAACUGGGUCUAUGAAAUCGUGUGUAUGUUGCUACAAGGCCACUCAUCCUACCUGAAAGACCUUAAAACUAUCGGCAUGCUGGAAAUCAUAGACUUAAGUACCUUGACCGAUAUGGCUUCACCACGUGUACUUAGCACUCACGUGCCAUUCCGGCUUCUACCAACACAGCACCUGGCCAAAGGAUGCAAGAUAAUCCACGUCACCCGGAACCCGAAAGACACCAUGGUGUCUGUUUAUAACCAUUAUAAAAUCGACUCUCGCCUUCGUCAUCCCAGUACGUCUGAAGAAGUGGAGUUUCCGGGAACCUGGGAAAAUUUCCUGAAGGAUCAAAUGGAAAACAAACAUAAUAUCUAUGAUGGCUUCUUCAAGUAUGAGAAGGACUGGGAGACAGCCAAACGUACCAAAGCGGUAACCAGUGUACAUACAUUGUUCUAUGAAGAUCUUCACAAGGCUCCAGUAACAGAGAUAAAACGGCUCGCUGAAUAUUUAGAAGUACCUGCUGACGAGGAAUUAUUGAAGGAUGUCGCAGAUAAGUGUUCUUUCAAAAAAUUACGAGAAGCAGCAGUAUCGAUCAAAACGGGCAACGUGCCAGUUACGGAAGGAGGAAUCAAGUUUUUAUUUAGGAAGGGAAUGGUCGGGGAUUGGAAGAACUGGUUCACAGUAUCACAAAAUGAGCAGUUCAACGAGCUACUUAACAGAGAACUAAAGGGAUCGAAUCUCAAAUUUACAUAUGAACUGUGA